AUGCCAUAUUCAUUUGUUACAUGUCCUGCAUGUGAACGAUUACAUCGUUGUAUAUUUUAUUUAGAUGAAAUUCAUACACAAGGAACUGAUUUUAAAUUUCCUGUAGAAUUCAAAGCUGCUGUUACAUUAGGAAAUCGUUUAACAAAAGAUUGUUUUGUUCAAGCAUGUAUGAGAAUGAGAAAAUUAGGUCAUGGUCAUUCUUUAAAAUUUUGGAGUUCAUAUGAAGUUCAUCAACAAAUUAAAACAUUAAAACUAAAAUCAAUUGACCAAUACCAAAAAGAUAAUAGAAAUGAUUUCAUUAAAUUGAUUGAUAUUCUUCGUUGGGUUUAUGAAAAUACUCAACAAUCAACUUGGGAUGGUUUACAUCAUUGGGCGGCACAAAGUUUAAGUUAUCAAAGAAAAGUUUCUGCAUUUCGACAUAUCAAUUGGAAUGAUAAUCAACAAGAAUUUACUAAUGAUUUGAUAAAAGAUUUAGCAAAUGAAUGUUCUGAACCUGAAGUAAUUCAACUCAUAAAUAUGUAUGGAGCUUCGAAAACAAUGCAAACACUACUUGAAAUUUAUCGUAAUCGAUAUGAACAAACUUCUUAUGAACAACAACGAGAAUUAGAACAGGAAUUAGAAGAAGAACGCCAAUUAGAACGUCCACCACCUGUUCAACCAUGUAAACCUGUAUUUCAUGAGGAAAUAAAACAAUUAUGUGAUAUGCAAGGUACUAUGAUGAAUCUAAUACAAUAUUCUCAUGUAUUUCGUCGUUUACCUUAUGCUUUUCUUGAUACAACAUUGAUCAAUGAUUGUCAAGCUGAGAAUUGGCAAGCAAAUUUUUGGAUUUCCACUGAAUUUCAACGUGUCAUUGCGACUAAAGGAGAAUCAUUAGAUCCAUUCCUACGUCCUCCAAGAUGGUUGUUGGUUUAUCGUAAUCAACAAUUAAUUUUACUUACUGCUUUAGAAGCUAAUUGGUUGAUAGGACGCUUAAAUUCUCUUUAUCAUGAAGGAAAAUUCGAAAGCCCAUCAAACACUACAUUACGUUUAUUAUUACCUCGUAUUAAACGAGAUCAAUCAAAAUUUAUCAAUACACCAGCAUUAACAAUUCCUCCAUUAAUUGGAUAUUCAAUAGAUACUAUUCCUUUCUUUAUACCACUUGAAUGGUUGGUUCAAUUAUUUACUUUUAAUGGUACACUUUACUUUGAAACAGUUGAUGAACAAACAGCUUACUGCCAAUGCUUAAGUUUAUGUCCGAAUCCUCGAACAAUGGAAGAAGAAGAAGCUUUUAAAAAUGCUUGGAUUGCUAUUGGUGGUUUUGUUAGUUGCAACACUGAAAAAAAUAUUCGUAUAGUAAUGAACCCGUCAAAAGGGUAUAAUAGUCUCACAUAUACCCUUUAA